CAUCAUGGCGGCGCCCAGCGAGGGCCGUGCGGGUCGGGGCUACGAGCCCUUCCCGGGCACCGACAGCGGCUCCUUCUCCUUCGCCGUCCCGCAGGGUGAGGCGGAAGAGACACCCAAGAAGCCAUGCCGAGCCUGCAUGGAUUUCAAGAGCUGGUUCCGCGACCAGAGGAAGCAGAGGGCCCCGGGCACCGCGGAGGCGAAGGAGCCCCCUCGGGACUGUCCCCUGGACAGCGAGCAGCUGGGCCGCAGCACCUGGGCCUUCCUGCACACCAUGGCUGCCUACUACCCCGACCGGCCCUCCGGCACGCAGCAGAAGGAGAUGAGGGACUUCAUCAACCUCUUCUCCAAGUUCUACCCCUGCAAGCACUGCGCAGAGGACCUGAGGGAGAGGUUACGGACAAACCAACCCGACACGAGCACCAGGAGAAACUUCUCCCGGUGGCUGUGUCUGCUCCACAAUGAAGUGAACAGGAAGCUGGGCAAGUCGGAAUUCGACUGCUCCCGUGUGGAUGAGCGCUGGAGGGAUGGCUGGAAGGAUGGGAGCUGUGAUUAACCCCCAGGGAUUGCUCUGGGAAUCGAGCAGAGCAGUGCAGUCCCUGUGGAGUUGCUGCAGGGACAGAGGGAGUCAAUAACUCUUGUUUGUGUGGGACUGAUUCAGAGCUGAACCAAUGCCAAAAGGAGAAUUGAAAAUCUUAGUCCAAUGAUAUUUCGAUAAGUAAUGGUACCUGAGGGGUUGAGGCUGCCAGAAACUGCUGAGAUUGGGUCACUGACAAACUCAUUUCAUGAUGACAUUUCCUGAUUUUGGGGGCAUUUGCUUAUUUCUGUGGCUAGAGUUAAUUUUCCCUGACCACGGUGGUGUUCUCCAACUCAUUGUCUGAUGUUUUAGAAAAUGCAUCUGAUUAAUUGUCACUUUCAUUUCUGUUGUUCUGAUAGAGAAAACUCAUGCUGGGUUUGUGCCAAGUCUGCACCCCUGGAUUUCUCUUUCCAGCAUUUCCAACAUUUGUUGUUAGUCUUGUGUCCAGUUCCUUUGGUAAAAGUCCUGAGGGCAGGUACAUUUAAUUUAAACGCUAAAAUAUGGAGCUCAGAUUUAUCAA